CGCCCCUUACCUGGUGUGACAGACAAGCCAGUAAUCCUCCGCUCCUGACUGUGAGAGCCCCUCGCCCUUUCUGGCUGUUUAAUAUUGGCACAGUACAAAUAUUUUGUAUUUUGUGCCUUUCCCUAUAUGCAUGACAAUAUCGCCAGAAAGUCUCACUAACUGACGUUAGCAGCUCUCUCCGGCUAACUUAUUAACCGGUAAUAUCACAACGUCCAACUGACGGAACACUGAGCUCGUUAGCCUGCUAACGUUAGCCCAGCUGUAUCUCCAGUCGAGCUGCCCUUUGUCUUUGCGAGCAGGUUAGCUAGCAGGCGUUAUUUCUUCUCUGGGUUAGCAGACAGCGGCUUUUGCAGUUUUACUUUUCGCCUGACAAGAGCUAAGUAAACCAAGAUAGGCGGCUUGGGAACCAAGAUGUCGAACCGAGUGGUGUGCAGAGACGCAAGUCACGCCGGGAGCUGGUACUCCGCUUCGGGAUCUCAGCUGAAUGCACAGCUAGAAGACUGGCUGUCUAAAGCACAAUCUACAAUCAGACCUGCUAGAGCCAUCAUAGCACCGCAUGCUGGUUAUACCUACUGUGGUGCUUGUGCAGCACAUGCCUACAAGCAGGUUGAUCCUUCUAUUACUCGUAGGGUGUUCAUCCUGGGACCUUCACACCAUGUGCCCCUCUCCCGCUGUGCCCUGUCACCAGCAGAAAUCUAUAGAACACCUCUCUAUGACCUGAGAAUCGACCAGAAAGUUUAUGCUGAACUCUGGAAAACUGGGUUGUUUGAGCGGAUGAGUCUGAAGACAGAUGAAGACGAGCACAGUAUUGAAAUGCACUUGCCUUACACUGCUAAAGCCAUGGAGAGCUGCAAAGAUGAGUUUAGCAUCGUUCCUGUGCUUGUUGGUGCCCUGAGUGAGUCUAAAGAACAGGAAUACGGAAAGCUGCUCAGCAAAUACCUGGCGGAUCCUUCCAACCUUUUCAUUAUCUCAUCUGACUUCUGCCACUGGGGUCAGCGGUUCCGCUACACAUACUAUGAUGAAUCUCAAGGGGAGAUCUACAGGUCUAUCGAGCAUCUUGAUAAAAUGGGGAUGGGUAUUAUAGAACAGCUGGAUCCCAUGUCUUUCACCAACUACUUGAAGAAGUACCGCAACACCAUCUGUGGGCGUCACCCAAUCGGAGUGCUGCUAAAUGCUGUGGCUGAGCUGAGGAAGUCUGGUUUAGAAAUGAACUUCUCUUUCCUGAACUACGCCCAGUCAAGUGAGUGCAGGAACUGGCACGACAGCUCCGUGAGUUACGCUGCCGGUGCACUCAUCGUUCAUUGAGGUCGACUUUCGCAGGGGCCACCGCAGCGCCGUCACCCUGCCCUUACUAUGUAUCGCCAUAACCUGAUCCCAGACACCCUCUCUCUCACCCCACGCCCAGUAACGCCCACGAUUUGCAGGAUGGACCUAGACACUCGAAGCCAAUACAGUCUUCUUUCUCUGUUUCUCUGUCUCUCAGCUCUCCUUCGCCUUUCUCUACCCUGCUCUCAGUUUGAAGUGUGUCUCAGAGCUUUUUGGUUGAAACAUUUUGUUUUGAAGUGCAGUUCUGAGAUUAUAUGGGAGAAAACCGUUAGAGGAGAUAGGUGAGAAGAGUGCGUAUUAGUUUGGCUUUGAGUAAUCUUAUUUGGGUUUUUGCAGGGACUGUAGUGGUCCUCUUAGUUCCUUUUGUUCUCCUGACAAAACGAUGAAUUUGAUUUGUCAUAAUGCAAUUUUUACAUCUGGACUCUUGGUGAUCUGUGCUCAUGUAAUUUGCCUCAGAAAAGUAAUGAAAAUAAAACUGCAGAUCUUAAUGGAGAAUGCUGAAAUGUUGCCACAUGAAAAUGUAAGGAGUGGUUUGACUGCUUCAAGCUACAUGCGACUUCCACUUUGAAAACAUCGUCAUAGGUAAUUAUUACCACUGCUCAACAUAUGUUGUAGUUGCUAACAAAGGGCUGCACCCAACAAAGUUCACUAACCCCCUUCUGUACAAAACCAAAAACUUUAUUAAUCUUAAGUUUAUUAAAUAUUAUCAUUUAGUCACAUUUAAUUCCUUUUAUUUCUUUUUUUUUGUAGUUUCACUAGAUGUGAUGGUAUUUACUCAAGUAGUGUGUAGAUUUGAACAAAAGCAGUGUUGGCAGCCAAGCUAUAAAGCCAUCAACAUGGUUCGCCCAAUAAAUUAGUGUGUGCAGCACUGUUCCCAGAUUCCUGUCAUGUUCUUGUAGCAUUAUGGAUGUGUUUUGCAAGAGCCAGACUGCUGCUACAGCAAUGUAAUCAAAGCUGGAUAUUGUGUAAAUUACUCCUCACUGACACUGACACCUCUAGUCUUUGUUUACACUGCCACCUUGAAUCUGUAGAUAUUGAAAUGUCGGUAUAGCAGACCUGAACAAAGUUUCUUUUUUUGCUGGACUUGUAGAAAAUGUCUUUCAGUUCCAUAAGAGCAGUGGAGCUUUUGUUUUGGCCUGAACAGAGGGUUCAAACAAAGUGUUCAAGUGGGCCUGUUAAACUGUAGGAACUGUUACCAUAUCUGUUCACUUGGUAGUAAUUUACAUUUUUGUUUCAAGAAUGCCAAAAGUUCCAGUUUUGUUGCUUCCCGGUGAAGGAGAAGAAGUCAUAGAUAGCCUGAGUUUAAAGAUCAGCACAAAGUCAUGAUGCUUUGCUAAAAUGAUUGCAAAUCUAUAGAAGUGGCAGAUGUUGCUCUAUGCUGUAUUUUAUUUGAUCUGACUCUGUUAAAAAAAAAACAUACGUAUUUGUAUUAUGAAUUGUCAAGCAUGAGGAUUGCAAUUAACAAAAGAUAGUUUGUAGUGUAAUUUAGUCCUGCUGCCUAAAAUAGUCCUGAUGCUUUCAUAGAGGAACAAACUGCAUAGAAAAGCUAAUGAUUCACAAUGGCAGUACAGGCUAUCAGUGACAUAAAAUAUGGGCAGCACGCAAUGUCUGUUGUCCCCUUGUUUGAAAAUCACUGAAGUCUUGUAUUCCCAGUUAAAAUCCGUCCCCUAACAUCCCUGUUGGCACCCUAAGAAGCGUCGCACUUAGCAUUAAGCUACAAUGUCUGGUCGAACCAAGCGGGCACAGACUGAAGAUAAUUUAAGGGAAGCUAGUAAAGCAUGAUGCACUGUGCUAUUGUGCCUUUUAUCACUGUUGCACAUAUACAUUUAAAGCAUAUUUUCACUUUUAGUCUUACUUUGGAACGUAUUCUUUCAGCUUUUUGUUUUUCCACACAUACCCUCCCUCUUGAAUCAUGCCCCAUAAUGUCUCCAGCUCACCCAGCACUCCAGGAUUGUGUGACUCCCCCCUCCCCAUCUGUUGGUCUGAAAUGGCACCAACUGUUAUCUCCUUUGUCCAACAGGGAGCGGUGUUCUGUUUUGUCCACCUCACCUCAUUCCUGUAGAGAGACAAAGGCUGAACCUCAACACUGUUCAUUUUCUGUUUAUGGAUCUUUGUUUGUCUUUUAGAAAUUGUUUUUGUAUUUUUUUUUUUUGUCUUGCCUAGAGUAUGGGAACUUACACGUCACAAACCUAAAGUAUACUACUUAAAUACUUCCUAAAUGGAGUUAUUUUGAUCUCAGGUUCCACUGACAAAGCAUCCCAAAAGGCUCUUCAGAUAAGGCCAUGGAUUCAUGUUACAAAAUGAGUAAAAUGUACUGAAAAGCC